AUGAAUAAUAAAUAUAAUGUAAUAAUUUACAAGAAAAGAAAAACACACUGUAGAUUGGAUGUUUUACUCUUCUUGUUUUAUGCUUUUUAUCUAAAUUUUAUUUUACAAAACAAAAAAUUUGAAGCACAACUUUCAGAUUAUGAAUAUAUAGAAAGAUUAAAAUUAGAAAAAAUUGAAGAAGAAAAUAUUUUUAAGUUUAAUAAUUCUAACAUAUCUUCUGACAAAUUAAUAUAUGAAGAAAAUGGAGAAGAAAUCACGGAAAAUUUGGAUGGAAUAAAGAUACAAAUGGAUAACUUAGAAAGAGAACAUGAAAAUACGAAUUAUAAAAUCGUAAAUAAUGAACAAAAUAUAUAUAUUGAUAAUAAUAAAAAUGAUAAAGAAAAAAUAUUAAAAGAUAAAGAAGAAGAAGAAACUCAAUUAAAACCUAUAAUAUUAGGAAAAUAUAAUUUGAUAUAUAUUUUUUAUAGUAUAGAAUUUUUAUGUUUACUAUUAUUUAUAUUUUUUCAUUUGAUGAUUUUUCUUUUAUCUCAAUGGAAUUUAAAUGUUUAUUUAUUUAUUGCUUUUAAGAAUUUAAAUAGUAAUGAUAAAAAUAAGUAUAUAUAUAAUUUAGAGAAAUUGUGUACUCAUGUAUAUAUUAAACCACUAAUGAAAACAGAUGAAAAGAUAGGAAUAAAUAGUAAGGAAAGAUUUAACACUGAUUAUAAUUUUUAUAAACCAAAAGCGGAAUUAGUAGAACUAAAAAAACUGAAUAAUGAUAUUUUUUUUUUUUAUAAACAAAAAAAAUAUUUAUUUGAUUAUAAAUUAGUGAAAUUUGAAUCACUUAAACAUUUUGAUAUUUUUAAUGUGUCAUUUUAUUUAAAAUGGAAAGGAUUAAUUGAAUGUGAACAAAAUUUAUAUGAUGAUUUAUAUAUAAGUAAUAUUACGGAAGAUAUAAAAAGAAGCAUAAAAAGUGAAAAUUUAAAUGAUCUAUUUAAUAAAAUAGAUAUUUUAUACUCAGAUAAAGCUAGAAGAAAAGACAUAAAAUCAAAUAAAACUAAAACGAAAUUAGUUGAUUCGGAUAAUAUUUUAAAAGAAGAAGAAAAUAAAAGAAGUAAUCUCAUAAAUGAUAAGAAUAAAAAUGAAGAAAAUAAUUCUAAUGAAGUAAAUAAAAGUAAGAAAGUACAUAUAAUGGAAAGUCAGGGAAAAAUGAAUGAAAACUUUUAUUAUAAUAAAAGUUAUUUUCAAAUACCUCAUGAUUUAUAUGUAAAUAAUAAUUUAAAUAAAUAUGGAGAAAAUAUAUAUGACAUUCCAUCUCCAUGUUUUAAAAAAUUAUUAUAUGAAGCUAUGUUAUCUCCUUUCUUUAUUUUUCAAUUUUUUAGUAUUAUACUAUGGAUGCUUGAUAGCUACUGGUAUUUCGGGAUUUUUUCAAUUUUUAUUUUAAUAGUUCUAGAAGCACAAUUAAUUAACAAAAGAAUAAGAGAAUUUAACCUUAUAAAUAGUAUGAAAGUACCUGCACAAAAUGUAUAUGUAUAUAGAAAUAUGCAAUGGAAAAUUAUAAAAUCAAAUAUGUUACUACCUGGAGAUAUAUAUAUUUUGGCGAAUGAAUUAAAUGGUAAUGAUAAUAUAUGCACAUGCGAAACAUUACUAAUUGAAGGAAUUUGUAUAACUGAUGAGUCAAUUCUUACAGGGGAAUCAAUUCCACUAAUUAAAGCAGCUAUAGAUAAAAAUACAGAAGAAAAAAAUGACAUUAAUUUUGAAAAAUCUAUUUUUUUAGAUAAAAUAGAUAUUAAAAAUAAACAUAAAAAAAAUAUUGUUUAUGCAGGGACAAAUGUAUUAUUAACAAAAAAUGAUAAAAAUGAAUUUAAUAAUAAAAAGUUACCUAUUAGCGGAUGUGUAGGAAUUGUAUUAAAAAAUGGAUUUACUACAUAUCAAGGAAAAUUAGUUAGAACAAUUAUUAAUACUUCAGAAAAAGUUAAUUCUUCUGGUAUUGAUUCAAUUGUAUUUCUUCUUAUAUUAUUAUUAUUUUCUAUAUCAUCUAGUGCAUAUGUGGUAUAUAGUGUUUUACAAUCUAAUCAUGAAAGGAAUUUAUAUAAACUAGUUUUGUCUGUUUCUCAUAUAAUUACGGCUGUCAUACCUCCUGAAUUUCCAAUAACUUUAUCAUUAGCAGUAACCAUAUCUAUUGUGUAUUUGUAUAACUUAAAAAUAUAUUGUACAGAACCAUUCAGACUCCCUUUUUCAGGGAAAUCAAAAAUAUGUGCCUUCGAUAAAACAGGAACAUUAACGGAAGAUAAUAUGAUUGUUUUAGGUUUAUUUGGAUUAGAUAAUAAUUUUACAAAAAUAAAUGAAUUAAAAGAGUCUAUUGUUAACAAACAGAGAAUUCCUUUUUUGUCCUUAUCUGUUAUAGCAGGAUGCCAUUCUAUAUGUACAGUUAAUAACAAAUUAUUAGGAGAUCCAUUAGAAAAAAAUUCUUUUUUAAAACUUAAAUGCAAUAUGAAAAGUUUAGAUAACACUUUUGUGUAUACAGAUAAUAGAAAAUCGGCUAACGAAAUAAAUAAAAAAUCAGGUAAUUCUUCUUCAAAAAACAAUUAUGUAGAAAAUUUUCAAAUUUAUAAGAGAUUUUUUUUUUCUUCCGAAUUGCAAAGAAUGACUUGUAUAACGUUUCAUGAGGGAUAUGAAAAUGACUGGUUUGGUGAAGAGUAUGAAGAAGAAUCUACCAAUAAUAAUAAAGAAAAUAAAGAUAAAACUAUUAAUGAAAACAUGGAAAUUCUAGAUAAUUUAAAAAAAAAUAAAAAUAAUAAUAACAAUCAAUUCACAAGACAAUAUUUAGUAGUAAGUAAAGGAUCACCAGAAAUUAUGAAAAAGUUUUUAAAAAAAAUUCCUGCAAAUUACGAUCAAAUUUUAGACAGCUUAUCGAUUAAAGGGUAUCGUGUUUUAUGCCUAGCUGCAAAUGUAUUAGAUAAUGGAAUAAUAUCUAAAAAUAUAAAAAGAGAAGAAAUAGAAAAAGAUUUAUACUUUUGUGGAUUUUUAGCAUUUAUAUGCCCAAUUAAAAAAUUAACACCUAACUACAUUCUUGAUAUAAAAAGAGCAGGGAUCAAAAAUAUUAUGAUUACAGGUGAUAAUGCUUUGACAGCAUGUCAAGUUUCUUUAGAUGUUAAUAUAAUUCCACCUGUAAAAAUUAAAGAUAUUUUAAUUUUAAAAUUAAAAGAGAAUUAUUUGACUGAUAAGAGAGUUCUAAAUGAAAAUUCCAAAGAUUUAAAUCAAGAUGAGAAAAAUUAUGCAAUUGAAGAAGAGAAAGGAAAUAAGAAUGAAAUAAAUAAAAAAGAGGAACAUAAAAGCAUAAAUGAAAAUACAUCAAAUCAAACUUUUACAAAUAAGGAGAAGGAAGAAGCGAUAGUGAUACUAAAUAAUAUUAGCAAAAGAAACAUAAAUUUAAAGAUUUAUGUAGAAAAAUUAAUUAGAAUAAUUGAAAACAAUAAAAAUAUAAAUAAUAUAUUGUAUUUUGUUAAUAGAGAAAAUAAAAAAGUUUUACCUUUUAUUGAUAGUGAAGAAUAUAUAAAGUUGUGUGGGAAACUUUUUUCUAUGUGUAUAACAGGGGAUAUAAUUGAAUAUUUUCUUCAAAAUAUUCAGAAGCAUUUUACAUUAUUUGAUGAACUCAUAAAAAGAGUUCACGUAUUUUGCAGAGUAUCUCCGAAAAAUAAGGAAAUUAUUAUAAAAACUUUAAAUAAGUUAGGUAAUAUAACGAUAAUGUGUGGAGAUGGUACUAAUGAUAUGGCAGCAUUAAAGGCUGCACAUGUAGGUAUUUCAUUAUUAAGUAUAAAAAUAAGUUAUAAAAAUAAUAAUUUAAGUAACAACUUAAAAAAUAAUGAAAGUUAUUUGAACAAUAAUCGAGAUUAUAAUAAUUCGCUUAAAACUUAUGAAAAUCAUUUAAAAAAUGCGUAUGAUAACUUAGAAAUAAAGAAUAGAAGUAAUGUUAUGCAUAAUAAUAUGAAUUAUAGGUAUUAUGAACAAAUGAAGUUAUAUAACGAAAGGAAAAAAAAAAUAGAAAGUAUGAUGCAGUCUAUGGAUGAUUCAUUGCCAUUAAUAAAAUUAGGAGAAGCAAGUAUAGCGUCACCUUUUACUUAUAAAGGAAAUGACAUAAAAUGUGUUAAAGAAAUUAUAUGUUGUGGUAGAUGUGCUUUAUCAAAGGUUAUAAUGAUGUAUAAAUUAAUGAUUAUAAAUUCUUUGAUUACAGCCUUUUCGGUUUCUAUUUUAACAUUAGAUGGUGUAAAAUUAAGUGAUGCACAAACAACAAUUAUUUCAUUAUUAUAUACUACAUUAAUUGUUUUAAUAUCAAAAUCUACUCCUUUAAAAACUAUAUCUAAUUAUUCUCCUCCUACUUCUUUAUUUAAUAUUAGUGUUAUAGCUUCUUUAAUUUUUCAAGUAUUUGUUCAUUUUUCUAUUUUAGUUUAUGGCUGGAAGCUAUCUUCUUCAUAUAGACAACCUGAUUAUGUGCCUGAUUUGAAAGGAGAAUUUACACCCAAUUUAGUAAAUACAUGCAUUUAUUAUCUGAUAUAUUGUAUCAAUUUAUCUAUUUUUUCAUGUAAUUAUGAAGGUUUGCCUUUUAUGACUCCUAUUCAUAAAAAUAAAGAAAUUGUUUAUAUAUUUAUUGUUAAUUUUAUCUUUUUAUUUUCUCUUGUAAUGAAUAUUUUUCCAUUUUUAAAUUAUUUUUUUUCUCUCGUUUCUUUUCCAAAUAUAAAAUUAAAAUUUCUAUUUUUAUUUUUAAUGAUCUUGGAUAUUGUUAUACCUUAUUUAAUUUCUAAUUUUAUUAGAUAUUUUAGGCUAUAUUUUUUUCAAAAAUUUAAAAUUCAUUUAUAG